UGUAAAUCGUGCUAUUAUGGGGACUCCAAUAGAUUAGUUGAGGAAAAUUUGUACAGAAGGAACUUUCUUUUAUGUGAAUAUUUUCCCUACUAUUUUUUCCUUGGAUAAUCCAAGUGAAGCUGGAAAUUUUGACUUGAAUGAGAAUUAGCUAUUUCCAAAAACACUGCUUUUACCAAUUGAGUUAGAAUAUAUACUGCUUUAUCCUUAUCUAAUUUCAGUUUAUACACAUCAGGUUUUCAUCUUUUAAUAGGGAUUAACUUCGUCCCCUAAUAUGAAAUCUUACUCCAUGAACCUAGGAUCAACUUGUACAAGAGUGGUUAACCCACUUCCUGAAAUGAAUGGCCAAUAGAGCAACUACUUGCUAUCAAAGGAGAUAUGAUCUAGUAAAACCUAAUGUUUGUUUGUGCAUUGAUUAUAAUUCCAUACUUCCGUACGCUUUAGACAUGUCACAUGUUUUCUUUUCUAUUGAUAACGUGGCUUAAUGCAAUUUAUAGCUGCCGAUCGCCAGCUAGCAUCUACUUAAGGAGAUAAAUUAUGUAGCAGUUGACACUGAAAUAUCAGUGUUACUGUGUUAGUAGGGCACAGGAGAACUUGGACAUUAACAGUACUAGACUACUAAGUACUAAUCAAUGUAACCUUAAAAUUUAAUUUAUAUUAAAUUGUAAAAUGGAGAGUUAUCAAUCUGAAUUUGAUACAUUAAAAAUCCCCAUUUUCUAAGGGUCUUAAUUAUUCCAUUUUCUUAUACAAGAAGCAGCGUAACGUGGAUUAUUAGUUGUUUCUUGAGUGAGCAGUAAUAGAAGAUAUUGCCAAAUUUAGUGGAAAGAUCCACCCGGAUUCAAUUAUUACCCAAUUGUUGUUCUUGUUAAUAUAUAUUUAAUGUAAUUUAUUACUGUUUUAAUAGGAAAUCUUCUAUAAUCUCUCAUUUUCUUGUAUAAUUACUGUAAUCUCUAACCUUCUUGUAAAAGCAUAUAUCUUGCUGUCUAUUUAGAAAAAUGAGGCCGCAGAAGGUAAAUGAAUUAUUCAAAACAAAAGCUCUUGUCAUACUAUAAAAUGUUUUCUGGUCUCUUGAUAUUUUGACAUGAUAUCAAAGCCACAACUUUGAACCGUGGUCAACUCUUGUGUUUGGUCCAUAGAAGACGUUAUUCUUGUCUUGUGAUCUUGUGGGUGUCUUCAUGACUUAUCUUCCUGGGUGAUCUAGAGCGAGCAAAGUGAUUUGCAAUCAGUGCAUGAACUAGCAAGAGAGACCAAUUCUUAAUGAAGCUACGCUCUGACUUUGAAGUCACUCAUUCUAAUUUGAUGAACUGUGACCCAGUACCAGCUUUGGAUGCUUGCUUGACUGAACUUCUUCGAGAGGAACAACGCAUAGCAACUCAAGCAGCCAUGGAACACAAAACCAAUUCUUGUGCUCCUGUUAAUGUGGCCUAUGCAGCACAAGGAAGAAAUAAGAGCAGAGAUAUGUGUUCUGUCCAAUGCUACAGUUGUAAAGGAUUUGGUCAUAUUGCAAAGGAUUGCUCACAAAAAUUUUGUAACUACUGCAAGCAGCAAGGGCAUAUCAUCACAGCCUAUCCGAUUCGACAUGAAAGAAAGCAAGGAGUUGCUUAUCAUGCCUCUAUUGGUGCCUCUAGUUCUACUACAUUGCCUGUUUCAACUUCUGUUCCUACACCUCCUGCAAACACACUUACUCCUGAAAUGGUACAACAGAUGAUUCUUUCUGCAUUUUCUACCUUUGGACUCUUAGUAUGAUGGAAAUCAGAAAACUCACACAGUUGAUGGCAACUCUUUGCCUAUCAGUGCUAUUGGAUCCAGUGUCCGAGAAGAUAAUCCUGAAGGGACCUAAAGUGGGACGAAUCUUUCCACUACACUUAUCUUCUUCCAAAAUUUGUCCUACCUUUCCUUUACUUUCUCUAGUCUGUAUUGAUGAUAGACAAAUAAAUAAAAUGUGGCAUAAUCGUUUAGGGCACCCAAAUUCUCAUGUACUUAGUACCUUGUUAAAAUCUGGUUCAUUGGGCAAUAAAGAUUUUUCUGUUCCUUUUGAUUGUACUACAUGCAAACUUGGCAAAAGUAAAGUUUUACCCUUUCCAAAUAAUGCAUCUCGUGCAACCCAUUGUUUUGACAUUAUUCAUAGCGAUGUUUGGGGGAUUUCACCUGUUGUUUCUCAUGCAUGUUAUAAGUAUUUUGUCACUUUCAUAGAUGACUACAGUCGAUUUACUUGGAUAUACUUUCUUCGGUCUAAGGUAGAAGUUUUCUCUGUUUUUCAACGUUUUUUCGCACUUCUUGAAACUCAAUUCUCUGCCCACAUAAAUAUCUUAAGAUCUGAUUCUGGAGGAGAAUAUAUGUCUCAUGAAUUUCAAAGUUUUCUUCAAAAUCAAGGGAUCAUAUCUCAGCGUUCUUGUCCAUCCACAUCGCAACAAAAUGGUGUUGCUAAAAGAAAGAAUUGUCAUCUUCUUGAUGUAAUUCUUCAACAACUAUGGAACAGUUCAAGCCUGGUUUUGUGUAUGAAAGACGUCGUCAAAUUGAUCCUGGUUCUCUUCAUGAUUCUGCCUCGGCACUAUAUCCUGUCACUCCUGUCAUACCUCAUCGUCAAUCCACUCGACCAUCUAAACCCCCUGACUAGUAUGGUUUUUAUACACCUGUAUCUCUAUCAACUACCUUGUCUUCUAUUUGCAUUCCAUCUUUUUACACACAGGCUAUGGAACAUGAAUGUUGGAAACAAGCAAUCCAAGAAGAACUGCAAGCACUUCAAGAAAAUUACACUUGGGACAUUGUUCCUUUUCCUCCCACGGUCAAACCUAUUGGAAGAAUAUGGGGUUGAUUAUGAGGAGACAUUUGCUCCUGUUGCCAAGAUGACUACAAUUCAGACCAUCCUAGCCAUUGCUGCUUCUAAAUCUUGGCCACUGCAUCAAAUGGAUGUGAAGAAUGCUUUUCUUCAUGGUGAUCUAAAAGAAGAAAUCUACAUGAAGCUUCCCUCUGGUAUGACUACUUCCUCUCUUAAUAAUGUUUGUAAACUACGUCGUUCUCUAUAUGGGCUUAAACGGGCUCCUCGGACUUGGUUUGAGAAGUUUCGUAUUACGCUUCUUAAUCCCUCCUUCACACAAAGUCAAUAUGAUUAUUCUCUUUUCUUCCACAAGUCUCCCACGGGUAUAGUUCUCAUCUUGGUUUAUGUGGAUGAUCUAAUUAUUACGAGAACUGAUAAUGGGUUGAUUACUAAGCUUCAAGCAGUGUUACAUGCAACAUUCCGCAUGAAAGAUCUUGGCCAACUCACAUAUUUUUUGGGAUUGGAAGUACAUCAUUGAUCCAAUGGCAUAUAUUUAAACCAACAUAAGUACAUCCAAGAUUUGAUCACUUUGGUUGGUUUAGAAGGAACUACUUCAGUUGAUACUCCUAUGGAAGCAAAUGUCAAAUACAGGAAAGAUGAAGGGGAUCUUUUUGCUGAUCCAACUAUCUAUUGGCGUUUGGUAAGAAGUCUUAUCUACCUAACGACAACUCGACCUGACAUUUCAUAUGCUAUUCACCAAGUUAGCUGGUUUAUGUCUUCUUGUCGACAUCUUCAUUUUGCUGCUAUUUGUCACAUUAUCCGCUAUAUUAUAGGGUCCCCUACACGUGGGUUAUUCUUUCCUAGAGGCUCACCCUUACAACUUUUGGCAUAUAGUGAUGCUGAUUGGGCAGGGUGUCCAGAUACUCGUCAGUCUACUACAGGUUGGUGUAUGUUUCUCGACAGUGCCUUCAUUUCUUGGAAAUGUAAGAAGCAGGAUCAUUAUGUUUCUAAAUCUUCUACUGAGGCUGAAUAUCGUUCAAUGUCUUCUACUUGUUCUGAAAUUGUGUGGCUACGUAGUCUUUUAGAGGAGCUUGGAUUUCACAACCUGACUCUACCCCUCUUCAUGCUGAUAAUACAAGUGCUAUUCAAAUUGCUGCAAAUCCCGUGUUCCACCAACGUACCAAACAUAUCGAGGUUGAUUGCCACUAUAUCAGGGAAGCCUUGACCAGUAAAGUCAUCUUUCUUCCUUACAUCUCCACAAAUCUUCAAGUGGCUAAUAUCUUUACUAAAACUAUGACUAGACAGCGCCAUCAGUUUCUCGUUGGCAAAUUAUUGCUGGUUGACUUACCAGCAUCAAUUUGAGGGGAUGUUAAUAUAUAUUUAAUGUAAUUUAUUACUAUUUUAAUAGGAAAUCUCCUAUAAUCUUUCCCUUUCUUGUAUAACUCCCGUAAUCUCUCACCUUCUUGUAAAAGCAUAUAUCUUGCUGUCUAUUUAAGAAAGAGAGGUCGCAGAAGGCAAAUGAAUUAUUCAAAACAAAAGCUCUUAUCAUACUGUAAAA